AUGGAUUCUGUAUUCUCUCAGCACUCCAAAUGUCACGCCCGAGUUCCAGCUUCUUAUUUUCUGAGGCUAAUCGUUCCAAAGUUUCAUAUCACUAAGAAACUACGCACAUCGGCACAUUCCACCACGUUCAGUUUCGGACCACCUACGACACAGAUGAGCGCAAGAACAGUGCCGGAAUACAGCAUGGACAAUAUCCCAAUAUCGGGUCUCCAAGAGUUGGAGACUCAUCUGCAGCAGCUGCUUGGCGACCCUUCUCUGCCAUUCAACGUGAAGCUUUUAGAUGAUGUCGAGCUUCAGCUCACCGAAAUUCUGAAAUCAACGACGCAAGAUCCAACACCGUUACUGUCCCUGACAAUCAAGUUACUGUCGCCAUUAUCAUUCACUCGGACUCUUACUAUUGCUGAUCCGCCAUCGCUACUAACAGCUCUGAGCUCGCCACUGCCAGGAGCCAAUUUGCUUGCACUGGCUAUUAUCCAAAAAGCUGCAAAAUCGCCCUCAGAUGCAUCUAUACUGAGUACGUUGCCUGAGAUCGUCGAAAUGCUUGUCAAGUCCUGGCUAGCCAGCACAGAUGUAGGCGUUGGUGAGCGUGCAGCUAGAGUGCUCGGUGACCUGCUGGAGACAGACUGCGAGGCUGUCGACAAUAAUACACGUAUUGCCGAUUCCAGGGCUCAAAUAAACGGAGACGAAAUCAUCAAGCGCCGUGUUCCAGGCCACGGCAGAUUAUGGCGCCUAAUCCUGCUGAGCCGACCCAACCUCACCCUGAUACAACAACUUUGCUCGCCCAACUCUGCAUAUCUGGGCCAACCACGUACUACGCACCAGGUGACUAUCUCUCAGGGUCGCCUUCUAAGGCUUUUGCCACGCCUCUGCACUCUAAAUAUCGGUGCCUUGAGCCAUCCUGUAUUCCAAGAUCUUUUUGCCUUGCCGGAAGAAAUCAGUAGCCGAGUGGGUGGUGGACUGCUUCAAUGGGCAGCUCUCGGCAUGGUGGAUAAGUCGGACACGUUGAUGCACCUCAGUCUUGUCGACUUUUUUGAAACUUUCGUCAGCGUUAUGCGAGUGUCAAGACGCUCUGCUGAAAUGGAUGCCUUUAUACGCAAGCUCAUGGCGACCGCGCUUGAGUGCGAUAGCGAGCUGGAGGCUGCACUCAAGACGCUCCCAGACAGGACUAUUGAAGACGAGGCGGAGCCUCUACGGGCAUACAUAACGGGGCUACUUAAUUAA